GGUGGGUUGAGCUUAUUGCGGUCAUGUUUGGAAAUCGGUUGGGUGUUACACGUUCGGGCUUGGUAUUUUAUUAUUGGGCAGACUCGUCAGAGAAUUUACACUCUUAAAAUUAUAUUAACGAUGGUUGUGAAGAAAAAAUAAUCAGCAAUGAACUUAAGGGGAUUUUUCCAGGAUUUCAACCCGAGUAAAUUCCUCAUCUAUGCCUGCCUGCUACUCUUCUCCGUCUUGCUCUCACUAAGGCUUGAUGGGAUCAUCGAGUGGAGUUACUGGGCCGUCUUUGCACCAAUAUGGUUGUGGAAGCUGAUGGUUAUAGUCGGUGCCUCAGUGGGCACAGGAGUGUGGGCACGCAACCCCCAAUACAGAGCUGAAGGAGAAACAUCUGUGGAAUUCAAAGCUAUGCUCAUUGCAGUUGGAAUUCACUUGCUGCUGUUAAUGUUUGAAGUUCUGGUCUGCGACAGGAUUGAGCGAGGCAGUCAUUUCUGGCUACUGGUUUUCAUGCCUCUCUUCUUUGUGUCACCAGUAUCUGUGGCUGCUUGCGUAUGGGGAUUCAGGCAUGAUCGUUCACUGGAGCUGGAAAUCCUUUGCUCUGUAAAUAUCCUUCAGUUUAUAUUUAUUGCACUACGACUGGACAAGAUUAUCAAUUGGCCUUGGCUGGUUGUUUGUGUUCCUCUGUGGAUCCUUAUGUCAUUCCUUUGCCUUGUUGUACUGUACUACAUAGUGUGGUCAGUACUGUUUCUCCGUUCCAUGGAUGUCAUAGCUGAACAGAGAAGAACUCAUAUAACGAUGGCAAUUAGCUGGAUGGCAAUUGUGGUGCCAUUAUUAACAUUUGAGAUUCUUCUGGUUCACAGACUGGAUAAUCACAACAAAUUCCCUUACGUUCCUAUCUUCAUUCCCUUGUGGCUGUCCCUCAUAACACUGAUGGCAACAACCUUUGGACAAAAAGGGGGAAAUCACUGGUGGUUUGGCAUCCGCAAAGACUUCUGUCAGUUUCUCCUAGAAAUCUUUCCUUUCUUAAGAGAGUACGGGAACAUCUCUUACGACCUCCAUCAUGAAGAUAUCGAAGAAUCUGAAGAGACUCCUACACCUGAACCACCAAAAAUUGCUCCCAUGUUCCGCAAAAAGACUGUCGUGAUCACCCAGAGCCCAGGCAAAUAUUUUGUACCGCCGCCAAAACUCUGCAUUGAUGUUCCUGACUGAUUUGUGUCCCCUAACUGGACAAUGACUUUUAACUGGAAAGAAGAUGGAAGAGAAAAUCCUCCUCCCAUGCCCACUCAUCUUUUUGAAACACUUCCUUAUAAACAAAGUUCUGUGUGACUUUUUAAAUAGAGCAGUUCUAGUUGUCCAUCUGACGGCUAAAACAGGAGUUCCAUUAUAUUCAGAAUAAAGGACAGAGGACAAACAAUGAGGAGUAUAGAAACAAAAUGAAGGAAGGCUGCAAAGAUUUGAAUCAUGUUUAGUCGAAAUGUGUACUCCUUUAACUGUCAAGGGGAAGACUUUACUAAAGUCACACAAACAAACAAGACAGAAGGAUUGAAGUCCAUUCCUGAAGAAAUAAGCAGUACUGUUUCGGACAAUUUUCCCCUUCAGUGUUGCUGCUGUUUACUUAAAUGUGAUCUCCAUUUUUGAUUCCUACAUUUUUAGGGAAAUAAAUGCACAGUAGUUAGGCCAGAAUUUUUUGAGAUUACGUUUUUGGAAAAUAAAUUGUAUUAUUUAUAGUUCCUACUUUAGCCGAAAUCCGCCGUGACGUAGAGUCGAGUAUUCCUGUGUUCAGCAUCCAUUCAGUGUCGCCUAACCGUACCUGUUCAGCACUGAUUGGCACACUUCUCUUUGCUUUUGCAAAGAAUUGUAUAAAAUGUAAAUUUGCGUGUAAAUAUAAUUUAAUUUUUUGCUAAUCUGAAAAGCUCUGGCUCAGCUUGGAAACGUUGCCGUCAGGUUAGAACAGAAGUCAUUGUAAAGAAGCCUGCACCCUUCGCCACCGCCUUCAUAUGGGCUUCAUUGAAGGGCUCAUGGCGCCGCAAUACUUGGUUUGAAGCCUGUCUAAUAAUAUUUACGUACAUUUCAUUCUACUUACUACACGCGCGCUAUUGCAUAAUGGAAUGCUUGUCACAGAGCUUUGGGGAGCAAAUAAUUGUAAGCCAUGUGCUGGUUGUCGCUUUCUGUACUGAAAUUUAUAUUCAUUUUAUUGAUAACUUCAAGUAGUAGAGGUAGCACCUCCAUGUUUGUUGAAUGGUUGUGUUUGUCUUCAAAGCAGAAGAAGCAGUGCUGUGGUGAGCAUCCCUUCAUGUAAGGAAAUUUGCCUGUUUUAGAGAGCGUGAUCUUCAUUGUUCAACAGUUGAGGGUGUUAGCUGGGGGGAAGGCCUGACCGUUUUUAAAAAUAAUUUAAUGCCAGAUACUGAAUUACAAAGCGAUGUUAGCUAACAGCAUCUGAGUGGUCCUUUUCUGGGCUGCGACUAUCUUAUAAGGCCAAUGGAAAUCCAUUGUAUAUACCGAACCUCCAUCUGUUUCCUGAAACACUAGUAGAAAUAUAGCGAAACUUACAUAGGAAGACAUCCGAGCCAAAUACAAAAUUCUGAACUAUUAAUCUACAAAAAACUACAAUUUGAAGCCAUUUUAAAUGUAACAAUUAACGACGACAAAACAAAUAUUGUUUGCUUGUGCAACCGUUUAAGCAACUUGCACCACGUUGAAUUAAUAUUUCAGUUUAUUUGUUGAGGCUCAUAUGUUUUUGCUAAGAACAUUUGUAAUUAAUGCUUUAUCUUUUAAUGCAGAAUAACUGCUUGCCAUGCAUGUGCUGAGUAUGUGGGGGACCUGAGCUCCUUUAAAAGCGUAUUCCUCUGCAAAUAUUCAGUUAUUCCAGAUGUUCAUUUUCACCUGUGUGAUUUUGUCACAAAUGCCAUCAUGGUGGCUUUGUGCCAUAUAACCUCGGCCCCCGACAGUUCUUCUCUUUCUGUGGGUGCCCUGCCGUGACACGUGGCGUGACUCGUCGGUGCUUUCCAACGCAAAUCAUUUAGAAACUGACCCCACCGUUUUAUUAGCCUAAAGUGAAAGUAAACACUUGGAAUGUUUUAUCUCACUGUCGGUUUACUGUUCACAGCACGUCAGCCAUGUCAGUUAAGAGUUUCGAUGGAGAAGUGGCACAAUCUGAUGCUAAGUUUGUGACCAGAAUGUUUGCACAGAAAGAGAGAGACAUGAACGUGGAAUUCAAUGUGAAUUUGCGCAGCGGCCUUCGGUCUACGUUUGACGUCAGUUGUGACUCUUGUGGCGCGGUGGACAGAGACGUUGCUGGUCUCUUUCUAGCCCAUAACUGAACACCACUGCAAGGCUGUGACGCCGCCGCUCCUCCGCUUGGCAGGCCAAGUCAGCCUUUGACGUCUGCAGUUGUCAUGGAGUGUUUUUAUCAAGUUGGAAUUGUUCGGUUUUACUGUGUCUCGUAGGUGACGUAUCCUUUAUAAUUACUUUGGCCUCUGAAUUAUAGCUGGGAACUGGCGCAAGUGCUCUGAGCGCUCCACAAGAACAAACUGAAUGGUUUUGGAUUAGUGGAGAGUUCAACUUACUCUUAGAUGGGGGGAAAUUCAUGUUGUUCAGUUGUCUCCUCUGUUUUUAAAGCAUUGGCAUCUUCAAGUUCACCAUCAUGUUUUUGAUUCAUCCUUCAGAAAAUGUUCUCGGCAGGUCUGAGAAAACAGAAUGCAAAAGCGCCUCUCGUUUGUGUCGUUCCUUACUUUUGGACCAAUUUUGUUUUUAUUUGCAACUUGUGUUUUAUUGAAGGAGGUGAAUGUUAAUAAAAAGUGACCAUGAUAACGGCCAUGGUUAAGAUGCAGGUGUCUGUCAGAUCCAGUCGGAAAUGCUCCUGCACUGCAAGGUUUUGCUCAUUUUCUACAAAACAAAUAAUAUAAUAAGUGGAAUUGUACUGACCUGGAAAAAUUUAUGUUAACAACUGUUUUGUGAUUCAUCGUCCACCUCCCUUUUCUCUAAAUAAAGGCUUUUGUUUCAUAUUUCUCAUUCGUCA